AUGCAGCAUGAUAAUACAUUAUACCUGAAAUAUAGAGAAACUUUAGAAGAGUACCUAAAUCAAGGGAUAAUAGAAAGAAUAUUAGAUUCUACGAAACCAGUAAACAAGCCAGUUUUUUAUAUGCCGCAUCAGGCAGUUUAUAGAGAAGAAAGCAUUACAACAAAAAUGCGUAUUGUAUUUGAUGCGAGCUCACAUGAAAUAGGUAGUCUGUCCCUGAAUGAUUGUUUGUGGCCAGGUAUUAAUCUGAAUCAAAAUAUAUUUCACUUGCUGAUAUAUUUUAGAUUUAAUAGAGUUUCAAUCUUAGGAGAUAUCGAAAAGGCAUUUUUACAGAUCGUAUUAGCUGAAAAAGAUCGAGAUGCAGUUAGAUUUUUAUUUGUUAAGAAUAUUGAUACACCUUUACAGAAUACCGACGAUCAGCUAGAAGUGUAUAGAUUUAAGCGUGUGCUCUUUGGUGUUAAUUCCAGUCCUUUUUUGUUAGCGGCAACUAUAAAGCUGCAUAUCCAAAAGUACAGAAAUGUGUAUCCCGAUACCUUUCAAAUUCUUGAUACAUGUAUGUAUGUUGAUGAUCUUGUUACAGGAGCAGAUGAUGUAUCAGAAGCCUUAAAAACUUCAAGGGAAGCAAAGGAAAUUAUGCGUGGAGCUGGGAUGAAUCUACGCAAAUGGGUGACGAAUGAUUAUCAUUUAGCUAAAAAAUGGGAAGAAGAAAAUUUUGAUAUUCAUCCCCUAAGCUCAAAUGAAAGGAUACUGAAGGUAUUAGGAAUUCAAUGGAACAUUCAGGAAGAUAAUUUGAGUAUAGAGACUUCUUGUUUGACGAAAAUUUCGAGGAGAAAGAAAAGUACCAAACGCUUCAUCCUCCAAACAGCUGGAAAAAUAUAUGAUCCUCUUGGACUCAUCACACCAUUCACUGUUAGAAUAAAACUUUUAUUACAAAAGCUAUGGUUACGUAAAUUACCAUGGGAUGAAGAGCUUCCUUCUGAUUUGAACGACGAGUGGUCUCAGUGGUGUAGCGAGCUUUCAGAACUUAGUAACAUUAGUGUUCCAAGAUUUGCUUUGGAUUCAUGUGAUGAAAAUAUAGAGAUCCAUGUUUUUUCUGACGCAAGUCAAAAGUUGUAUGGUGCAGCCGUUUACGUAAAGAGCAGAGUUUCACCUGUCAAAAAAGUUUCCUUGCCUCGACUUAAAUUGCUGGGUGCACUGAUUGCUGCAAGAUUGGGAACGGAAGUUAAAAAAGUUCUAGAUCGUAAAGGUUCAUCUAAUAUCUUUUUUUGGAGUGAUUCUAAAGUUACACUGUAUUGGAUCAAAGGAUCAAGCAGAAGAUGGAAGUCUUUCGUUCAAAAUCGCGUCGACGAGAUUCAGAAGUUGACUAAUCCAGAUUCAUGGUUUUAUUGUUCAACCAAAGACAAUCCAGCCGAUCUUCUAACGCAUGGAGUUAGUGCCUCUUCUCUAGUGAACAAUUCUAAGUGGUUUAUUUGUAAUUGCAGGAAAGGUGAAUCAAGAAAGGUAGGCCCUCUUCAACUAGAGGAGGUAAAAGGAAUACUAAAUUCGAGACCUCUUACACCUAUUUCCAAUGAUUUUGAUUGUUAUGACGUUUUGACCCCAGGUCAUUUUUUAAUAGGGAGAUCAAUACAGACGAUUCCGGAGCCAAUGAUAAUAGACGUAAAUAAAAAUCGAUUAAGCCGGUGGCAGAGAACAACGAAAGUAGUUCAAAUUAUUUGGAAGAAAUGGUCAAAUGACUAUUUAGGAACUCUGCAGCAGAGAAACAAGUGGAUGAUAGAGAAGGACAAUAUUUCUGUUGGUACUAUGGUACUCGUUAAGGAGGAUUAUCUGCCAAUUUGCAAAUGGAUAUUAUGUCGGGUUAUUAAAGUCUAUCAUGGAUCUGACAAUAAAGUAAGAACGGUUAAAAUCAAAACAAAAUCAGGAGAAUUGAAAAAGAGCGAUAACAAAGAUCGCCGUUCUUCCGAUAGAAAACUGAAAUGA